UCUGUGGCAUACACAAUGCCUUUAAAACCAGUAUCUUGUAUUAUAAAUGGUAGAGCCAACAUACAAGUAUAAUUUGAUAUCAAGAUAGCAUCAAUUUCUGAAAAAUCUAUGAUUUUCUCCAGUGGUGGAGAAAAUUCUGGGGUUGAAUCUACAAAUACUCUGCCACAACAUUCUUUUAACUCCUAAAAAGUAAAUAUUUAAAUUUUAUGGGAGAGCUGUCGCAUUUUUGUUAAUUAAAACAAAUAAAUAUUCAAACCCCUUCUAUUUGCCAAUCUUGAUGAUUAUCACGAGGAAGCCAGAAUGAUAAUGAAUUGAAUUUUGAACUAGGAACCAAAGACAUUGGCAUAAAAUGUAAUACAGACUGCAUGUUUAAGCCGCAGUCUAACAUUAGUGUAAUUCCUUUAAAACUUAAUACCAAACAUGGUUUUGUUGGUUCACUUGAUAGGCAAUACAACAAAUAAAAUUUUUUUGUAGAAACAGUAUCAACAGUAAAAACAUUUGUAUAAAUUAAGGUUAAGAUAAGAGGUGUUAUUAAAAAUAUCUUCUCUCAUAUUAUAUAAAAUUACAUUUUAAGUUAUCAUAAUACCAAUUUAUUUACCAAUUUCAUUUUAUAUGUUGUAUCUCCUUAAACUUUGAAUUAUUCUCAACAAUAAGAUGAAAAUGUUUGGACCCCCUACAUGUAAAUAUUGAUACUGUAACCUCUUAAAAUAAGGUUGGUUAUUUGUAUUUUGAAUUGCAAAAAUGUGUGAAGUUAUUGUGUUGUUUGAUGGUUACUCUGAAAAACUUGAAAAUGAGAUAAUGAAAGCAAAUUGUUCUUGCACAUUAAUAAAAGCAUCGAAGAAUGUGAUCGUUGAUACAAUGACAGCUUGGGAUAAAGACAAAAUAAUACAAGCUCUUAAUCGACAUAAUAUUACUCCUGAUGAAAUUGAUUACGUCGUUUGUACUCAUAGUCAUGCAGAUCACAUAGGCAACAAUAAUCUCUUUCUAAAUGCUGAGCAUAUAAUUGGAACUUGUGUCCACAGAGGAGAAAUGUUCUUUGGACCAAAAUUUGAAAAUGAUUCUGCAUAUGAAAUUUGCCCAGAAGUUAAAGUCAUAGCUACUCCAGGACAUACAUCUGAAGAUGUCACAGUACUAGCUCAAAGGACUGUGUCUAAAAAAUCUACCUGCUAUGCUAUAACAGGAGAUUUAUUUGAAAAAGAAGAAGAUAUUUUAAAUCCUUCAAUAUGGAGGGACUUGGGAACUGAGGAAUUACAAAAAGAUCAAUCACAUUGGAGAUCGUAUGUAAUAAAUAUUGCAGAAUUUAUAAUACCUGGACAUGGACCAAUGUUUCGUGUUACCAAUGAAAUGAGAAAAAUUGUCACAGAUCAAGAAGAACAUUAAUUUUACUGCUUAUAAAAUAAUAUAUUUAGUAGCAUACAAAGAAAGAAACUUAUUUUUGUAUUCAUCAUUUAUGUCACUACUUCGUUCUACAUAUAUUUACUUACUUUAGUAUAAAACAUAAUAGUACUAGUUUGGAUCUUAGAAAAAAAUAUACUUGACAUAACAUUGAAAUACUUUCACGUUACAAUUUUGUUUCUACAUCCCCAGUAACAGCAAUAGCUUCAAUCUCAAUUUGAGCUCCCUGUAAUAUUAUAUGUAAUUAAAGUUAGUAAACUUUACUGCACAAAAUAUAAAAUAAUUAUUUCAUACCAUAGGUAAUUUUCCAACUUGAAAUGUGGAUCGUGCUGGAUAGUUAUCUGUGAAAACUACAAAACAAAAAGGCAAAUAAUUACCAAAUAUAAUAUGAGAUAAAUGUAAUUUAUCUUUUCUAUAAGAUUUAAUGGAAUUAAAUUUAUUCUUACAUUCUUUGUAAACUUCAUUUACUCCAGCAAAAUCAUUUAUACUGUUUAAGAGGAUUGUUGUUUUAACAACUGUAAGAAAAUACAAUUUUUAUAAGUUAUGAUUGGAAUUAUAUGCUUCAAGCAAAAGUUAUCUCUUAUUUUUUAUAAUACAUGUAUAUUCAAUAAAUAAGUGUAACCUUUA